CAGGUGUUUAAAAACACAAAUAAAAGGAGGUUUCCUGUCAGUGUGCUGCUGCUGAGAGCCUGCCAGGGUUUAUUUCACACAUUGUCCUGACAUCUACAGUUGUGAGAUGGGAAAUCCUGAUCCUGCACAGAUGCCGGCGGAACCAAAACAAUCCAUUUUUACUGGAGUGGACCAUCUCCCUAUGGUCAACAACUUCCUCCACCACACCAGUGAAAUCACAACCAAGGAGCUGGUUGCUAGGCGAGGCCAGCCCUUCAAAAUCAGCCUCGGCCUGAGCAAACCCUUCAACCCGUCCCUGCACCCGCUCACCAUCACCGCAUUACUGGGAACAUCUGUCAGUGAGGACUCGGGGACCCUUUCAGUCUUCGGUAUCCCAGAUCCGGUCCGUUCAGCGUCAGCGAAGGCGGUGUGGAAGGUCGAGGAGCACAAAGACUCUUCUCCGCUGACGGGCAGCCUCCUCCUCAACAUCACGCCGCCGGCCGACGUCCCCAUCGGGGAGUGGUUGCUGACGGUGAAGCACCGGGACGAGGAGACGCUGCUGGGGACGCCGGUGGUGCUCUACAACCCCUGGUGUCCUGAGGACUCUGUGUAUCUGGAGGACGAUGCGGAGAGAAAAGAGUACGUGAUGAAUGAAGAUGGAACCAUCUACAGAGGAAGUCACAACUACAUCUCUUCUCUACACUGGGACUUUGGACAGUUUGAGGAGGACAUGGUGAUAAUCUGUAUGAAGUUACUGGAAGUCCACGAAGGCCAUGACUUGGCCGCUCGCUCUGACCCCAUCUACGUGGGCCGCGUGGUCUCCGCCAUGAUCAACAGUGAAGGUGACCAUGGCGUUCUGGAGGGUCGAUGGGGAGGUCCGUAUAUCGGCGGGCACCGGCCCUCCCACUGGGCCGGCAGCCACGCCAUCCUGAAGCGGUGGCUCACCAUCGACUGUCACCCGGUGAAGUACGGCCAGUGCUGGGUGUUCGCCGCUGUGAUGUGUUCAGUGAUGCGUCUGCUGGGCAUCCCGUGCCGCGUGGUCACCAACUUCGAGUCGGCCCACGACGUGAACAAGAGUUUGACCAUCGACGUGUUCCACGCAGACUACGGGGUCAGAGAGAAACCUUCCCUAGACAGCGUUUGGAACUUCCACGUGUGGACGGAGGGCUGGAUGAAGCGUCCAGAUCUGGGAGAGGACGGAAAAUAUGACGGCUGGCAAGUUCUGGAUCCAACACCACAGGAAACCAGCGAAGGUGUUUACUGCUGUGGUCCAGCCCCGGUCAAAGCCAUCCUCCUGGGAGAGACCGCCUUAAAAUACGACGUCCCGUUCGUCUUCGCGGAGGUCAACGCCGACUGUAUCGACUGGCUGGUCAAAAAAGACGGGACCCAUCAGAAAAUCUACUCUGACACUAAGAGAGUUGGUAAGAGUACGUCGACCAAAUCUAUCGACUCAAAGAAGAGGCUGGACAUCACACACACCUACAAACACAGCGAGGGAUCGGAGAAGGAGCGAGCUGUCUUCACAUACGCCAUCACCAGAGACUACACCAUCGAGGACGAGGAGCCAGAGGAGGAGGAAGAGGAGGAGGAAGAGGAGGAGGAGGAGGAGGAGGAAGUGAUGGAGGAGGAGAAUGAAAACAAUGAGGCGGAUGUUGCCGUGGAAGAAUCGGAGGGCCCAGAGCACGAAGAGACGGACGGAGAUGAUGAUGAUGAAGAUGAUGAGGAGGACACCGCUGAAGUAGAAGAAGUAGAAGAAGUCAUCGUCCCUGCUGGUCCUCCGCUCAUCAUCAGGUUUGAGGAGGUGAGCUCUCCAACAAACGGCAAGGAUGUGAAAUUGAAACUGGUGCUGGAGAGUAAGAGCAACAUCCCCAAGGAGCUGUCCAUCAUCAUCAGCGCCCAGGCCAUGACCUACAACGGACACGCCACCAUGAACAUCCAGUCGGAGGAGAAGCAGAAGACCCUGCAGCCGGGGAAAGUUCUGUCCGUCCCGAUCCGGGUCCCGUUCUCCGUCUACCAUAAACACAUGGUGGACGCCGACAGCAUGAAGAUCUCAGUCGUGGUCACGAACAAGAAGCAUCCAGAGAAAACGUACCUGGCCGAGGAGGACGUGGUGCUGCUGGACCCGCCCCUCAACAUCACAGUUCCAAAUAAAGUGAGAUUGUUCCGAAUGGCUCAAGGGGAGGUGAGCUUCUCCAACCCGACUAACGAGACGCUGACCGACUGCAACCUGACGCUCUCUGGGAGCGGCCUGUGGAGGGACGAGAUCGAAACCAAGCUUCCAGACUUGAAGAAAAACAACCAAGUACGUGUCCAAUUCCCCUUCUAUCCCUACAAGAGAGGGAAGAAGACCGUCACGGCCGACUUCGACUGUUCUGGCUUCAGAGACAUCAAGAAGAGCGUCACAGUCACCGUCAAGUAAAGUCUUGGUGUUGCUUAGAAAGAGUCAAAUCUGUUUACUAGAGCAGUAGUUCUCAACCUUUUUGAGUUGCGACCCCCAAUUUAACAUGCAUGUUGUCUG